GUGUCAUAAUAAAAGCACGUUUAGGAUUAUAUCAAGUAGUAUUUUAGCGUGGAAGAAUGUUCAGCCCUAUUGAUCAACAGUUUUAUUGAUAUAAUGGGUCGAAAAAGAUACAACGCCAAAGCGCGUCAAGUAGUCAAAACCAGCAUUGACGACUCUAAGACGAAUGAGAUUAAACUAGACAUCGAUACAAAAGAGUAUGGCUCUACAGAUACCAGCAACUUGUUGGUCUUGCCAUCAAAGAAAAGAAAAACAAACCUUAUUGCAGAAAAGAAAGAAAAGACAAGAUUUCUCUCAAAAGCCCAACGCAAGAGGUUUGAGAAGAUUGUGGACAAGAAGAAAAAGAAAGAAAAUAGGGCAGCACUUCUUGAAUCUCUGUCUUUAGUACAAGCAACUCCGGAGGAAGUGAACCAGUUGACCACAAUAUCUUCUGUACAGACUCUUGGGUUGCGAAAGUUGAACGAACAUAAAUUAGAAGAAAAUGUACAUAAAGCUCAUUCAGAGAAUAUAGAACAGAAAAAAUUUAGCAGUAUUGCAGGUGCAAAGAAACGUUUAAGAUUGCUAAGAAUGGACAAUACAUGCAGUAAAAAGAAAAAGUAUGAUCCCAAUGUUAUAGGUCUUGAAGAGCUCUCUGAUGAUGAAACUAGUUCAGAAUCUGAUGCGGAAGAACUUGAAGUAAUUGAAAAUGAUAAUUUAAGUAAAGAUAAAGUAAACAAAAGUUUAAAUGAACAUGAUACACCAACAAUUAUAAAAAAAGAACAAUCAAAUGCACAGGAAAAUAUCAAUACAGUAAAACAAAUCAACCAAGAGAAAGAAAAGUUACCGGAACAGGGUGUGAAAGAUAUUAAAAAACCUUUACUAGAACAUACUACAGUACACAUUGAAGUGAAAAGGGACCCUAAAAUACAAGUUGCAAGGUUAAAAUUGCCAAUUCUGGGCGAGGAGCAGAGAAUAAUGGAGCUGGUUAAUGAAAAUGAGUUUGUCAUUGUGGCUGGUGAAACUGGCAGUGGUAAAACAACUCAAUUACCUCAGUUCCUGUACGAGGCAGGUUACGCAGAAUCUAAAAUGAUAGGUGUUACGGAACCGCGUCGGGUUGCGACUGUUGCUAUGUCAGUUCGAGUUGGACAUGAGCUAGGAUUGACAAACAAGCAUGUCUCAUAUUUGAUGCGAUUUGAAGGCAAUGUAUGCAAGGAUACGAAGAUUAAGUUUAUGACUGAUGGUGUACUUCUUAAAGAAAUUCAAUCAGAUUUCCUUCUGAGCAAAUACUCAGUAAUAAUCAUAGAUGAGGCACACGAAAGGAGUGUCUACACAGAUAUUCUGUUGGGUUUGCUGUCACGCAUUGUACCAUUAAGACGCAAGAGAGGAAGUCCUUUGAGGUUAAUAAUAAUGUCUGCUACAUUGAGAGUUGAGGAUUUUACAGAAAAUACAAGACUAUUCAAAAUACCACCACCAGUUAUUAAGGUAGAAUCCAGACAGUUUCCAGUGACGAUACAUUUCAACAAGAGCACCUACAGUGAUUAUUUGAAAGAGGCUUACAAGAAAACAGUAAAAAUUCACACAAGGUUACCUGAAGGGGGCAUACUUAUCUUUGUUACUGGACAGCAAGAGGUGAAUUACUUAGUGCGUAAACUAAGAGCGUCGUUCCCGUAUCGUAAAGAUGUUGACUAUUCGAAGCUCAUUACCAAGAAAAAAACCAAUGAAGUUGACACCGCGUUAGAUUCUGAACCUGAGGACAUUGACUCUGACGAUGAUGAGGUAGAGAAAGAAAUGAAACGUAUCCGUAAAGCUAGACGGAAAGCAAAGAAAAGGGGCAAAACGUUACCGAAAAUCAACUUGGACGAUUAUGAUAUGCCUGAAGAUGACGGGCAGGCGGACUUAGUGAGUGACGAUGACAGCGAGGGACAUUUGAGUGAUUCAGACGCCGAAGAAGACAGCCUGACUCCAGCGAUCAAAUCCUGCAGACAACCACUUUGGGUGUUACCAUUAUACUCCAUGCUCGGGUCAUCUAAACAGUCGCGCGUAUUUGAACCUACGCCCGCUGGAGCUAGAUUGUGCGUUGUUAGCACCGAUGUUGCUGAAACGUCCUUGACUAUACCCGGUGUGAAGUAUGUGGUUGAUACUGGAAAGAAAAAGAUGCGUGUUUACGAUCACACCACGGGCGCAAGCGCAUGGCGUAUUGUGUGGACGUCCCAGGCGAGCGCUGAGCAAAGGUCCGGUAGGGCGGGGCGUACUUCCGCGGGACACGCCUACAGACUAUACAGCAGUGCUGUGUUCCAACACGACUGCGUACCGCACUACGAGCCAGAUCUAUGUAGGCGACCAGUGGAUGACUUGGUUCUGAUGAUGAAGUGUAUGGGCAUUGAUAAGGUGGUAAACUUUCCAUAUCCAACUGCGCCUGACAGACUGCAAUUGCGCUUGGCCGAAAAAAGAUUGGAAGUAUUGGGUAUAUUGGAGAAGCCUGCAUUCAGGAACACUAGAAGAAAGGACUAUGAAGAGGUACUUCAAGUAACGCCACUUGGUAAAGCAGUAUCUGCGUUCCCUAUACUGCCGCGUUACGGGAAGAUGCUGGCGCUCAGUCACCAGUUCAACUUGUUACCGUACAGCAUUGCUUUGGUCUCCGCGCUUACGGUGCAAGAGGUAAUGACCGGUAAAGCGCAAAAUUGGCCGGCGACCGGUAACACAUUAUUAUUAGGUGACCCGGGAGUAUUACUGAGAGCGGUAGGCGCUGCUGAAUACUCCUUUGUGAAGGGAGAGGAAGAACUAUUCUGCGCGAAGUAUGGGUUAAGAGAAAAGGCAAUAAAAGAAAUACGCAAGCUCCGCAAGCAAUUAACAUCGGAAAUAAACCUUAGCGUGUCAGGUAUAACCAUGACUAUAGAUCCCGAAAUGAAGCCACCAGAUGACAAGCAAGCGAGACUUCUCAGACAACUUUUGCUAAGCGGUUUAGGGGACCAAGUUGGAAAGAAAAUUGCGCUUGACGAAGUAAAGGAGGGAGACGAUAAACGCAAAUUUAAAUACGCAUACCAUUGCGCGAAUCUGGAAGAACCAGUGUUCCUACACUCAGAAUCAAUCCUUCGGAAGGUUAUACCGGAAUGGGUGAUAUACCAGGAACUUUACGAGACCGGUAGUGAGGAUAAAAAGAAAAUGGUAAUGAGGAAUGUGGCUGCCAUUGAGCCUGAGUGGCUGCCUGUAUAUAUACCUCAGCUGUGUAAUUUAGGCGAACCUUUAACUGAUCCCGAACCAGGAUACGACGUAAAAUCCGGUCGUGUGAAGUGUCACUUCAAAGGAACUUUUGGAAGGAGCUCCUGGGAACUGCCCACCGUUGAGAUCGACUUUCCCGAUAAAAUAGAACGAUACAAGUGGUUUGCAAGAUUCCUAUUGGAAGGCAGAGUUUUUCCAAAGCUGAAAAAGUAUUCUGCAUCCUUACUGUCCCCGCCUUCAACGAUGGUCAAAAGUUGGGCCAAGCUACAGCCAAGGACCGAAGUGCUAUUAAAAUGCUUAAUAUCACGCCGAGUUGGAACUAGGGAGCAGUUGGAAAGCGCGUGGAAAGAACAAAGUACCUAUUUAUUGGACGAGUACCUAAAGUGGGUACCUGAGUCAGCACACAAUGAAGUCACGUUAUAUUGGCCGCCAUUAUAAAUAUUAUAACUUUUGUUUUGUAAAUAUUGUAAAUUUGUU